AUGUCCAUACCCCAGAACCAGCUGCUCCGGAAAGAGCCCGUCCCUUCAGAAAUCGGACCCCUCAGGCCACUGUCCACUCAGGUACACAUUCCCACCUUCCUCCCUGUAAGGCUGGCCCACCGGGUACGGGAGCUGUGGGGCUCCACAUGCUGGAUGGACCUGGGGACUGGGUGGACAGGUCCCGACAUGAGCUCUUGGCCAGACUCCAACUGGACCGCGGCACAGGAGUUCGUGAUCCUGGGUUUCUCCGGGUGGCCCCAGGGGCUGCGGCUGCUGCUCUUUGCCUUCCUCCUGCCGCUCUAUCUGGCCACGCUGGCAGGAAACCUGCUCAUCCUGGGCCUGGCCAUCGUGGAGCCUGCCCUGCACACCCCCAUGUACUUCUUUCUGGGGGCACUGUCCGCUGUGGAGGUGGCCUACACGCUGGUGCUGACCCCGCGCAUGCUCGCUGGCUUCCUGCUGCCGCCGGGGGGCCAGGCGGUGGCCCGAGCCACCUGCGCUGCCCAGAUGGGCCUCUUUGUGGCGCUGGGAGGCUCUGAGUGCCUGCUGCUGGCUGCCAUGGCCCUGGACCGCUACCUGGCCAUCUGCCGCCCUCUCUCCUAUCCCCAGCUCAUGACCACGGGCCUCUGCUGGUGCCUCCUCGCCUCCUGCUGUGCUGGGGGCUCUAUCCUGGCCUUGGGGCUCACCACAGCCAUUUUCCAGCUGCCCUUCUGCCGGGGUGGCCUCGUCAACCACGUCUUCUGUGACCUCCCGGCAGUGUUGGUGCUGGCGUGCGGGAACCGCCAGCUGCAGGAGCGGGUCCUGCUGGCGGCUUGCCUGCUGCUGCUGGUGCUGCCCCUGGCCCUGAUCCUGCUGUCCUACACCAGGGUGCUGGUGGUCAUCCUGGGCGUUGGGGGGCCUGCAGGCCGCCGCAAGGCCUUCAACACGGUGGCGUCACAUCUCACGGUGGCCGUGCUCCACUAUGGCUGUGCCACGGCCAUGUACGCCAGACCCCUGAGCAGCCGGGACCUCGAGGAGGACAAGCUGGUCUCGCUCAUCUACAUCAGCCUCACACCGCUGCUCUACCCCGCCAUCUACACGCUGCGGAACCGGGAUGUGCAGGGCGCCCUGCAGCGGGCAGUCAGCGGCAGGACGCCAGGGACCGUCCACCAGGCUGACAUCAACUAA